AAUGGGAGUAGGACAUGGAACUGUAUGGGCACAGUGUGGCAACAGCAAACACUGGGGUCAGCCCUGAUGGUGAGGAGCUGUGGGGGGUGUCAGGAGAGUAUGAAAGGACUUGAAGUCAGCCUGGGGGCAGCAAGAGGCUUGGGGUGUGGGACAUAGAAGGACUUUGGGAAGGGUGCGAGGUUUGGCUGGCUGUGGGCAUGUUUGUGUCCCCCCUUCUGUGCAGUGGAGCCAUUGUGGUGGCUGGAGCUGGGGGCUGUGACAUCACGGUGGUGCUGGGGUUGGCGGAACCACAUCCUGCAUUCUGACAUUUGUGGUACUGGGGUUUAGAGCCUAUGUCCUGUGCUGGACUCCGACUUCAGUCCCCUGCAGGACAGGGGAAUAGAACAACCAGAUUAGCACAGAGAGGAAGAGCCACCCACAGCUCCCCUCGCUCUCAAUCUACCAUGAGACAAUGUGGCACAGAGAGCAGUACUCCAGGCACACCCCACCCCAGACAGGGACGGCACUUGAGCAGGGUACACUCCAGCCACCCCACGGCCCAGCAGGCUGGGGACAAGGGCACAGUGUGGCAUCCUGGGACUGUGAGGUGCAGCUGGGACAUUGGCACGAGGCUCAGCAGGUCAGAGACUGCCCUUUCAAGGGCCCGAGGUUUGGUCAGUCAGAGGAAGGCAGGUCAGUGUUUUCUACCUCUCCAGGGCCGUGGCAGCCCCUGUGGGACUGGGGACAGUGGGCUCAGACAAGGCUGUCCUCACAGGGCACUCAGCAGCCACCACCAGACACCAGGUUGGCUACCAGCACUUGCUUAACCUUGAGCAGCUCAAGAAGGCCAAGCUGCAUGUGGAGAUGGCCAUUAAGGAGAAGAAGAUCUUCACAGUACAGGGCCCCUACCCCAUCAUCCGGCGCCUGAUGCGAGCCCGGGGCUGGGUGGAGAGGAAGGUCCCCAGCACGGGCAGACGGAUGGUGAAGCAUCGUGGUGACCAAGACAAGCAGCGGCAGGAGACAGGGCCAAGUAAUGGUGGUGGUGGGCAGGAGGAGGCACUGCUGAACCCAGGUGGGGGGGCACAGCCUUUUCUGGGGACCACACAGCCCCCGCACUACCCAUGGCGACCUGCUGAGGAGGAGGAAGAGAAGGAGGAGGAAGAGCAGUGUGAUGAGGACCCCAACGGCAUCCAUGACCUCAUGUCCUACCUGGUGAGGGACCAGUUGCCAAACUUCAUCUGGACCAACUUCCUUGAGGCCACUGACCGUCAGCUGCUGCAGCAGGACAACGUGGUGAACCACUAUGCCCGGGUGGAUGCAUUCACCACCAAGGAGGGGCUGUGCCUCAGCCUACAAAACCUGCCGUGGAUUGAGCAAGCUGACCCCAACACCUUCUUCCCCCGGUGCUACCGGCUGGGGAACGUGGAUGAGCGGGAAACUUUCAUUGAGGAUUUCCGCCUGACAGCAGCACGAAGCCUGCUCAAAUUGGCUCUGGAGGAGGCUGGGGACAGGCCAGUGGGGACUGAACAGGUCCCAAACAAUGCCAAGGGGGCAGCAUGGCCAGCCUCCCGCCUGUACCCUGAGCUGGUGGAGGAAGCCCUGGAGGUCUGUAGGCAGCACCUGGGCGUUCUGCAGCACCACGACAUCGACAGGAACACCCCGUCCCCCUGCAGGACGUGCAUUGACUGGGACCGCUUCCUGCAGGAAUACUACCACGUGGCACACAAGGGGGCAGGGCUGGUGCUGACCCAGCAGCAGCGGAAGCAAUGCCAGAACCUGCUGCGGCGCCUGGCACAGCAGCUGCCCCAGCUUGACAUGGAGGGCAAGCUCAACGUCUGGAUCCUCAAGCCUGGCGCUGAAUCCCAAGGGAGGGGUAAGGCUGGGGGAAGCAGGGAGCACACAGAAGCCCCCCAUUUAGGAGGGAUCCCACAAUCACUGUGUUCUCUAGGCAUUGUCUGCACAACGCAGCUGGAGGAGGUGCUGCAGCUGGCACGGAGCUGCAUGGCACCCUCGGUUCAGGUAGGCAGAUGGGUGGUGCAGAAGUACGUGGAGCGGCUGCUGACCAUCUUUGGCACCAAAUUCGACAUCCGGCAAUGGUUUGUUGUGACUGACUGGAAGCCACUGACUGUCUGGUUCUACCGAGAAUGCUACCUGCGCUUCUGCUCCCAGCCCUUCUCCCUGUGUCACCUGGAGCGUGCCAGGCACCUCUGCAACGUCUCUGUCCAGAAGUGGUACAAGACGUCACCAGACCAGGACCCCCGUGUGCCCCCUGACAGGAUCUGGUCCAAUGAGCAGUUCCAGAAAUACCUGGCACAGCUGGGGCAGGCAGAUGCUUGGCACCAGAUGCUGGUGCCCGGCAUGAAGGUGGCGAUCCUGAACACGCUGCGCAGCGCCCAGCACCAGGUGCGCUUCCGCAAGGGCAGCUUUGAGCUCUACGGGGCCGACUUUAUUGUUGGGGAGGACUUCCAGCCCUGGCUGCUGGAGAUCAACUCCUGCCCUACCAUGAGCCCCUCCUCGGCGGUGACGCGACGGCUCUGUGCCAAUGUCCAGCGGGACACGCUGCGCCUCGUGCUCGACCGCAAGAACAACCCCACCUGUCCCAUUGGAGCGUUUGAGCUCAUCUACAAAGAGGCAGCUGUGCCCAAGCCUCUGUCAACACGUGUGACGCUGAUGGUCAAAGGCUGUUCCCUGAAGAAGCUCCAACCAGCACAGCAACAAGACCAGAACAAGCCCCCCACCGCUGUGGUCACUGCCCUCCAUCACCCUGUGUCCCCAGGGCCCAGCUCCACCCAUGUACCCAAGAAAGCACAGCAUCAAUUCCUCACCAUGGUGCCUUGUGUCCCCAAGCUCCUCCUGUCACCAGGGGUCAGAACUACCACGGCUCCCCAGAGAACAUGGCAUUGCUCUCCUACCACGAUGCCCACUGUCUCCAAGCGGUCUGUGUUGCCAGGGGGCAGAACCACCCAGGUAACCCAGCCCAGAGCAGCAACAAAGAAGCUGCCGCCUCUGGAGCAACAGAACCACUGCUCUUCCUCCAGCUCUGACCUCCCAGCACCACCAAAGCCUCAGGUCUCCUCUGCUGAGAGCCAGGGUCUGCCAUGGCUCAGUUGCCUGCCUGGGCAGCCCCAGCCUGCACAGCCCCGGAUCAAUGGCUGUCCCAUGAAUUGGGUGCCUGUGCCGCCACCCCGGGGAACCCCCAGCAACACCUGGCUAUCCCAGGGUUGUGCACGCUCCUUCCGUCCUGCCAAGCCCCAGCGACAACCUCCGUCUGCACAGAGCACCAAGACCCUGUGCCUGGAGCAGAAGCACACAACAGCUCCCACUGGGAUAAAGUGUCCCAAGUCUUCUAAGACACCCCCAGGAGUGGACAGAGCUCCACCUGUCCUUUGUUAGGCCAACACUGCAGCACUUCUCAUCCCAAAGAGUUCCCACUGCUGUGUUGUGGUACCCACCUCCUCCCUCAUGCGUGCUUUAAAAUAAUUCUGUGAUAAGGA